UGCGCCUAUUUUCAGAAGAAAUAAAUACAAACACACCGAGCUGUGUAAAAUAAAAUAUGUUAGUGUACAUGACAAGUCAUGUGUGUGAAUUUGUUUAAAUGUAAAUUAUACACUCAUAGUUUAUGAUGUGAUACAUAUUAAGUCGCUUUUCUGGUUACGGAUUAAUAGGAAAACGGAAUAAAUCUACACGUAAAUGAUGAGAAGUUCAAACAAAUCUCCAAUUACAGAGGAUGAAAGCGCUACAAGAGGACAGUGGGGGAGAAAAAUUGAGUACUUUCUAACAAUGCUUGGUUUUUCAGUUGGUUUGGGAAACUUAUGGCGCUUUCCAUAUAUCUGUUUAAGAAACGGUGGAGGUGCAUUUUUGAUACCGUUUUUCAUAUGUUUGCUUUUAUUUGGCAUUCCUCUGUUUUUCUUGGAAACUGCUGUCGGACAAUUUUCAGGUCAAGGACUGCUGCGUGUCUGGGAGGUAUGCCCGAUAUUUAAAGGUGUUGGUAUUGGUAUGACAAUCAUGAAUGUCGUAUGCAGUAUUUACUAUAACGUCAUUCUUGCGUGGACUAUUUAUUAUCUUGGUAAUUCUUUUAUUAGUCCUUUACCUUGGACUACAUGUGACAAUAAAUGGAAUAGUCCACAGUGCGUAACUGAUCGUGGCGUUCUUGAUCAAGGAAGAAACUUUACCACUCAAAAUCACAAUUUAACGUUUCAAAUGCUCAACAUGGGUGUUUAUAACACAACCACUUCAAACGAAUAUACGUGGACAAAUGAUACUUUAAAGUUGGUGACUGCUCAGGAGGAAUUUUGGCAAUAUAACGUUCUUCAGAUGUCUUCUGGACUACAUGAUAUUGGAGACCUAAACUGGCGAUUGGCCCUAUCCUUGUUUGGAGCAUGGUUGCUCAUCUGUUUGUGUAUAAGUAAAGGCGUAAAAUCUGUUGGAAAGGUUGUUUACGUUACAGCCACUUUGCCGUAUGUUCUUCUAACUAUCGUCCUCGUCAAAGGAUUAACCCUAGAUGGAUCUAUCGAUGGAGUGAUCUUAUAUUUGAAACCAGAUUUUAGCAAAUUGCUUAAAUUGCAGGUAUGGAUGGAAGCUGCUAUUCAAGUGUUUUAUUCUGUUGGUGCUACUUGGGGUCCGUUGUUUACAAUGGCUAGUUUCAAUAAAUUUAAAAACAACUGUUUGCGCGAUUCUAUAAUUCUGUCAUGUAUUGGAGAAGGAACCAGCAUUUAUGCAGGGUUAAUCAUUUUCACAGUUUUAGGAUUCAUGUCUGCAACUUUUUCGCUUCCACUUGACAAAAUCGUCACAUCAGGCCCAGGACUUGGAUUGAUAGUAUAUCCUGAAGCUUUGGCGCAACUUCCAGGCCCAAAUAUAUGGUCCGUUUUAUUUUUUGUGAUGCUGCUUACUGUCGGUUUAGACAGUCAGUUUGCAUAUUGUGAAGUUGUAGUAGUUGCCUGUUCAGACAGAUUUCAUUGGUUACGAAGUCGUCGAGUAAUGUUCGUCAUGGCAGUGUGUUUUGCCAAUUUUCUCUGUGGAAUGUUAAUGACGACAGAGGGAGGCAUAUAUAUAUUUCAAGUAAUAGACUGGUAUAUUGCUGCAUUUUGCCCAGCAGUGUUUGGUAUUAUAGAGUGUAUUGUGUUUGGCUGGAUUUAUGGAUUGGAUAGAUUUUCACGUGAUGUUAGACUCAUGUUAGGAAGAGGGAUACCAGUAUUCUUUAGAAUUUGCAUAGGUUUCAUUACACCAUCAAUACUUCUAGCAGUAUUGGUAUAUAGUAUUACGGCGUAUCAGCCACCGACAUAUGGAUCUUACCAAUAUUCAGGUGCAGCAGUAGGAUUUGGCAUAUUUGUAUCAGUUUUUCCUUUGAUACCCAUCAUUGUUUGUGCUUUCAUAGUUGUAAAAGAUAUGCCAGGCGAAACAUACAAAAAGAAAAUUACAACAGCUUUCAGGCCAUCAUCAAAAUGGAAGCCAGCUAUUAAAGAACUUCAAAGUGAUUACUAUGAAAAUGGAACAGCAAAGCAAAUGCGGUUUUUUGAAAAAGUAAAGCUUAAUUUUAUUGGGGAGAAAUUUUAAGAGCCAAAUAAAUGAGCUGAAAAAAACAUGUUAUUUUGAUCGCCAGGGACACAAAGUGUCUUAAAAGAGAUUUUAGUUCUCGCUUACAGUGCUUUUUGUUUUAAUAAAUUCAUAAAAUUCA